GUGACGAAGUGAGGCUAUGAAAAUGGAUACCGUAAACGGUAGCUGUCUUGACCUUGGUAUUCUCCCGGGUAAUUUAGAUGUGUCACAAAUAUCAAUGAACAACUCAGAUAUGUUCUUGUAUGACGACUCUUCUAUGUCUGAUGGCAGCCUGUACGCGAGUGACCAAGAAAAUCAUUCUACUCCUAGAAAACGCUCGGAAUAUCGGCGACUCCAUAAGCGUCGGUCGCGAUGUCCCCAACAACAGAUUCAGCAGCGCCAAGCAGCAAACCUUCGCGAAAGACGGCGAAUGCAAUCCAUCAAUGACGCCUUCGAAGGUCUGAGAGCGCACAUUCCGACGUUGCCCUAUGAAAAACGGCUCUCUAAAGUUGAUACCCUGAAACUGGCUAUAGGCUACAUCAGUUUUCUGGGGGAAUUGGUUCGUGCAGAUAGGAACGGCUCGGAUACAAUGUUAUCAGGAAGCAACAAUAGUCACAAUAAGGAGGAACAAAAGAAGAUCAUCGUCAGGGCCCGACAAAUUCUCGAUGCAGUGGGGACGCCUACCAUUGAAGUGGAUAUGGUGACUGAACUCGGGUUAUUUCGUGUUGGAGUACCAUCAACAGACGCAAAAAAGAUCGCAGAAUCCGUGCAAUUACGCGACAAUGACCCAACAGUCUACUUCGGCAUGAGUGUAAUGUCAGCAGUCAAAAAUGUAAACACUAUCAUAGCACCGGAGUUGCUUAAACAAAACUUGGAAGUGACAAUGCAAAAAGAGAUUGACCAGUUUAUGAUAUCUCUAGACGGCACUGAUAAUAAGUCUAGAUUAGGAGCGAAUGCUGUUAUGGCAGUCUCCUUGGUCGUAGCAAAAGCAGGCGCCGCCAAAAAGGGUGUUCCUUUAUACAGGCAUAUAUCCGAUAUGGGAGGCGUUACAAGCAUCAUAUUACCCGUUCCACACUUCACGCUCCUGACCGGAGGUAUUCUGUCUUCCAAUGGCUUGCCAUUCCAAGAAUACAGCGUCAUGCCGACUGGAGCCGCUUCUUUUGCCGAAGCUAUGCGUAUUGGAGCAGAAAUGUAUCGAUACGUAAAGAAUGUUAUCAAGAGCAAGUACCCCGUAGAAAGUACUUACGUUAGUGACUCAGGUGGUUUUGCAAUACCCUUAGAGACUAACAGAGAUGCUUUGCUCUUCUUAACCGAUGCAAUCAAGCAGUGUAACUUCGUUGGUAAAGCAGAAAUAGCUAUUAACGCUUCCGCUACUGAUUUCUACAAAGACGGUGGCUAUGAUUUGGAAUUCAAAAAUCCCAAAUCGAAUCCCCAAGACUACAUGUCGUCAGACAAGUUGGCGGAGGUUUACCUCGAUAAUAUGAAAGAAUUCCCCGUGUGUUCUGUUCAAGAUGGCUUUCAUUUCGAUGACUGGGCUGCUUGGUCUACACUGACAGCCCGAAUGAGCAAUCAGUUGUUUGGAAAUGAUCUCACUCAAACAAACCUUCGGAGAGUAGGUUUGGCUGUAGAGAAGAAAGCGGCCAAUGCAAUUGGUCUUAGAUUGAACCAAGCAGGUACUCUUACCGAGAUUGUUGACGCGUACAAGCUGCUGAAAGCAAAUGGAAUCGGUAUGGUGGUGUGCGAUCGUUGGGGCGACACGGAUGACAUAUUCCUAGCCGACCUUGCUGUCGGUCUUUCCGCAGGUCAGCUCAAAUGCGGCGCGCCAGCCCGUGGAGAGCGAGUUGGCAAGUACAACCAAAUUCUUAGAAUUGAAGAGGAAUUGGGAGCAUUAUCUAAAUACGCCGGAAAAAACUAUCGCGGACAAUUGUGAAUUAUUUGUUAAAAGUUAUAUCUUUUGUAUUAAUAUAUUUCUAAACAAGUUA